UGACUUCUCUCUGGCUAUGAAAGUCCUGGAUGGCAUCUUCCAACAGAAGGCUUCCAGUAGAUUUUCCAACUUAAAAGCUGUUGGUCGGUGCAGCCACCAGCAUGAAUUGUCUCAGCCAGAUCCUCUGGAUAACUGGUUGCAGCUUCUGUAUCAGCACUCGCUGCCUCACCUUGCAGUUUUAUGUUAUGGAGACUUCUUUUCCUUACUCCCACCAACCAUCCUCUGCUCGCAUCAGAUGUUUUUCUGAAGUUUCUUCACCUCCCUCAUCCUUCAGAGAAUUAAUUGAAGAGAGUCAGGGCCUUGCUCUGGAUUAGGCUUUGGCUUCAGGGAAUGGUGACCUUCUAUACAGACCACACAAACCUUCUCCAUAUCUACAAUAGGUCUGUUUCAGUUCACUUUCUUUUUUUUAAUGUGUAUUUAUUUUUGAGAUAGAGACAGAGCACGAGCAGAGGAGGGGCAGAGAGAGAGAGACACACACAAAAUCCUAAGCAGGCUCCAGACUCUGAGCUGUCAGCACAGAGCCCGACACGGGGCCGGAUCCCAUGAACCGUGAGAUCGUGACCUGAGCCGAAGUCGGACGCUUAACUGACUGAGCCACCCAGGCUCCCCUCACUUCACAUUCUUAUCACCCAUGUGUUCACUGGAGUUGCAUUUUUAAUUUCCUUCAAGGACUCUUCCUUUGCAUUCACAGCUUGGCUGACUUUUUGGCACAAGACACCUAGCUUUCAGCCUGUCUCUGCUUUCAGCGUGCCUUUCUCACGAAGCUCAUUCAUUUCUAGCUCUUGAUUUAACGGGACAGACCUUGAACACUUAGGAGGCCGGUGUAGGGCUGUCUCAUGGAAAAGAGGCCCCAGGAGAGGAGGAGGGGGACAGCUGGUAGGUGGAGCAGUCAGAAUACACACAACACUUACUGAUUAAGGUAGCCCACACCUAUGGGCACAGCUCGUGGCACCCCAAAACAAUUGCAAUAGUAACAUCAAAGAUCACUGAGCACAGACCACAGUAACAAAUAUGAUAAUGAAAAUGUUUUAAAUAUUGUGAGAAUUCCCAAAAUGUGACACAGAGAUAAUGUGAGCAAUUGCCCUUGGAAAAAUGGCACCGAGCAACAUGGCGUUGCCACACACCUUUGUGAAAAGCAGUAUCUGUAAAGCACAAUACAACAAAGUGUGCCUGCCUGUAGUUAAGACCUGGAGGAGAAGAGGUUCUCUAUUCUUCUGGGCCCAGGCCACCGCCUUCAGCAGCCCCCUCCUCUUCAUCUCCAGGCAAGCAAAUGAAAUCCUAGAGCAGACCCUUCCUCUUCUCCAAGUCACAUUUAGUUGACAUGCUACCGACUGCCAUGCUCUACACGCACAAAAUAUGAUAGGUUCCAUGAAUAAAUUAUACCUUCAAUGUUCAUUUUCCCAUACAUAGGAUGUGUUUCAACUAUUUUUGAAUAAUACGAAAAAGUAUAUACGUCUUAGGAUCUGUCUUCAUAUAUAAAAGAAUAAAUUACUUGUGAAGGAAAAUCAGGCAAUGUAUUUUCAUUUCAGGCACAGGCAUUUGGUUCCCAAAAGAACAGUUUGUCCUUUUUUUCUUCUUAAUGUGUUUGUAUCAAAUAUAAAAGUGAACCUCUAGUAACUCUCAAAAGGGAGCAUAAUUUUUACAGCGGGAAUUUAAGGUAAUCAGGUUCUCGUUUCCCUGGUUCUCUGACACGUUCCUGUCUUGCCAGCCUGGUCACACUGCACCAUCCUUGAGGCAAUGAGGGCUUCUGCUCAUCAGAAAGGAGUGUCUGCGGUAGGAGACUGUGGACCAGGCUUGUGCCACACAGAGAGUGGAGCUCUAUUAGAGAGUAAAAAGGAUACGUGGUCAGAUCCUGCGUUGUUUAAAAGCUCAUUUAGAAGAGAUCAUUUAAAGAAAUUUUUAAAAAACAAGAAAACUUUGUGUACAGAAUCCCAAAGGAUGUCAUAUCUUUUAGGAAAACUUGUAGUAGAAAAUACAGAUGUUUUAGUCAGUUUCCUAAAAACUUAUUUGAGCAAAGCCUUAGGACUCCCCAUGGAGGUAGGCAGGAGCACUAUUAGAGACUUUCCCCCCUCCCCUGGUAACAGAACUUGUGUAAAAUUGCUGAGAGAAGCCAAACCAUUUGUGUCCCAGGGGCUGAGAGCAAACUACAGUCAGGUGAGUUGGGUGGACUGGAUGGGGAGGCAGGCUAGUGGAUUUCUGAAGAUGAUGGCAGGUCUAAAGGUCCUUCUUGUAAGGCCAGUGAGAAAGCAGGGAAGAAGUUAAAGCUGGAGAGUGUUAGGAAUGAAAUUUGUGCUUGUAAGUGAUAUUAGCCCCACCCAGCAGCCUCUGGAGAGGGGAGUGGUUGAUGGAGGUUGAGCUCUAGAAACACUCUUGAACACUGGAGACCAACCUGCAGGCUGGUGAGAGCUUCCAUCUGCUGGAGGGUAAUCCUGCCCACCUCCAUGGGGACUGAUGGAUCCUGCCCUGGGGACCCUUCUGGACCUCACCCGUGUACCUCUUCAUCUGACUGUUCAUCCUUGUAAUAAACCAGUAAAACUGAGUAAAGUGUUUUCCUAAAUUCUAGGAGUCAUUCUAGAAAAUUGCCAAGCCUAAUUUGAGGGAUUGUGGGAACCCUUGAAUCCACAAUGCUCUCGGCAGAAAAUGUGGGCGGCCUGGGCACUACAUUUAUGGUUGGCAUCUGAAGUAGAGGAAGUCUCAUGGGGCUAAGACUUUGAACUUGUGGGAUCUGAUGCUGACUCCAGGAAGAUGGUGUCAGAAUGAACUGAAUCCUUGGACACCCAGGCAGUGUCAGAGAAUUAGUUGCUGGUAUGAAGAAAACUAUACGAAUUUUUAGAUUUUGAGAAAUCUAUGACUGUUGUCUGUUACAGGGUGUUGGUCAGUAAGUGGGUGGAAGAAAUGGACGUAUAAGGAAGGUAAGAAGGCAGAACUAACAAAAUACGCUUUUUUUUGUCUCAGAUGUUAUUGAGCACGAGCCAUGUAACCAGGCAUUGGGAUAGGUCAUGCGUAUGCAGUUAGAAUAAAACAGCUUUUUUUAUUUUUGGGGGGUGGAUGCAUGCAGAAAGGAUUACAUGGGGAUUGAAGUGGGCACUAAAAGGAAUGGAAUUAGGGGCUGAUAGACUUCAAGUGGUGUCAGAGGAUUGUAGGUUCCCAGGUGUGAGGAGAACCUGGGCAUGGGGAAUGAUUCUGUGGACAAGCUGGAAUGAGAGAGGCUGUGAUUGCUGGAGGGAUCUCAGAUUCUUCAUCUGAGGGGGGGAAUUCCUGCUUUUCCUGCAUAUGGUUUGCACUCUCUGUGAGUGGAAAUCCGGAGGAAGAGACGUGGUGGCCGAACUCUUGAUGAUGCAACUGCAGUGUAUGGGCUUGGUUGGGGGGUGAUUUACCUGUGGGCCAUGGUAGUGGCUGCAGUGACCUCGGCACGUGGUGACAGGUGCUAGAGAUGAGCAGGACCAGCAGUUUACACUCCACUGAGGAGGCGGGCCUUUGAGCAGAAAAACGGGAUUAACAUACAGAGGAUUGAUGCAGUGAUCAUUGUUGUUAAGAAUGGAGAGCUCACUGCAGGAGAGAUCACUGUGGGGCCAUCCUUCGGACGAGCCAUCUCAGGAGCCCCUAACCGGACCGCAGGACCUGUCUGCCCUGAUACCUUAUAAAGAACAAGAAUCUGUGACCUACAAAGAUGUAGCUGUAGACUUCACCCAGGAAGAGUGGGCCCUGAUGGACACAUCCCAGAGAACGCUGUACAGAGAUGUGACGCUGGAAAACAUUAGUCAUCUGGUCUCUGUGGGGUGUCAUUUCUUCAGAUCAGAUGUGAUCUCCCAGUGGGAGCAAAGAGGGGAGCUGUGGAGGGAAGAAAGAGGACCUCCCCAAGGCUGGAGUCCAGGCAUGAAAAACAGCCAUAACAAGCAAGAAAUAAUACCUAUGCAAGAUAUCUGCAUGAACGACCCACCUAACUGCUGGACAGUACAGAAAUGUCACACGGGAGAAGACCUCUCCAUAUAUAGUGGGUUCGAUGAAGUUUUUACUCACACGUACACAUUGACUCAACAUGUCUUAACUCACACUGUACGGAAACCCUAUAAAUGUAAUGAAUGUGGAAAACACUUCACCCGAAAUGCCAACCUUCGUACUCAUAAAAUAACUCACACAGGAGAGAAUCCAUUUGCUUGUAAUCAGUGUGGGAGGCGCUUCAGGUAUUUUUCAUCUUUAACUAGACAUAAGCGAAUUCAUACUGGAGAGAAGCCUUAUGAAUGUCGUCUAUGUGGCAAAGCCUUUGUUCGAAGUUCCAUUAAACGACAUGAGAGAACUCACACUGGAGAGAAACCAUUUAAAUGUCAUCUAUGUGGAAAAGGCUUCGUUACUAGGUCUAAUCUUCGAGAACAUGAGAGAACUCACACCGGAGAAAAACCAUAUACAUGUCAUCAGUGUGGAAAAGCCUUUGUUACAAGCUCUAAUCUUCGAGAACAUGAGAGAACUCACAGUGGAGAGAAACCAUAUAAGUGUCAUCUAUGUGGAAAAGCCUUUGUUCAAAGCUCUUGUCUUAGAGACCAUGAGAGAAUUCAUACUGGAGAGAAACCGUAUAAAUGUCCUAUAUGUGGAAGAGCCUUUGUUACAAGCUCUUGUCUUCGAAAACAUGAGAGAACUCACACUGGAGAGAGACCAUAUGCAUGUCAUCUAUGUGGAAAAGCUUUUAUUCAAAGCUCUAAUCUUAGAGACCACGAGAGAACUCACACUGGAGAGAAACCAUACACUUGUCAUCUAUGUGGAAAAGCCUUUGUUACAAGCUCUAAUCUUCGAGAACAUGAGAGAACUCACAGUGGAGAGAAACCAUACAAAUGUCAUCUAUGUGGAAAAGCCUUUGUUCAAAGUUCUUAUCUUAGAGACCAUGAGAGAACUCACACCGGAGAGAAACCAUAUAAAUGUCAUCUAUGUGGAAAAGCCUUUGUUACAAGCUCUUGUCUUAGAAAACAUGAGAGAACUCACACUGGUGAGAAACCAUAUACAUGUCAUCUAUGCGGAAAAUCCUUUGUUCAAAGUUCUAAUCUUCGAGAACAUGAGAGAACUCACACUGGUGAGAAACCAUACAAAUGUCAUCUAUGUGGAAAAGCCUUUGUUACAAGCUCUAAUCUUAGAAAGCACGAGAAAACUCACACUGGAGAGAAACCAUAUACAUGUCACCUAUGUGGAAAAGCCUUUGUUCAAAGCUCUUAUCUUAGAGAACAUGAGAGGAUUCACACUGGAGAGAAACCAUAUACAUGUCAUCUAUGUGGAAAAGCCUUUGUUCAAAGCUCUUGUCUUAGAAAACAUGAGAGAGCUCACACUGGAGAGGAACAGUAUAUAUGUCAUCUAUGUGGAAAAGCCUUUGUUACAAGCUCUGAUCUUAGAGACCAUGAAGGAACUCACACUGGAGAGGAACAAUAUAUAUGUCAUCUAUGUGGAAAAGCCUUUGUUACAAACUCUGAUCUUAGAGACCAUGAGGACACUCACACUGGAGAGGAACAAUAUAUAUGCCAUCUAUGUGGAAAAGCCUUUGUUACAAAUUCUGAUCUUAGAGACCAUGAGGGGACUCACACUGGAGAGGAACAAUAUAUAUGUCAUCUAUGUGGAAAAGCCUUUGUUACAAAUUCUGAUCUUAGAGACCAUGAGGGGACUCACACUGGAGAGGAACAAUAUAUUUGUCAUCUAUGUGGAAAAGCCUUUGUUACAAGCUCCGAUCUUAGAGACCAUGAGGGAACUCACUUUAAUUAUAGUGAGUGAACAUGGAAGUGCCUUUAGCCACAGCUCUAACGUAAUAUCAACCACAAGACUCAUGUGGGGGAAGUUCUAUGGUCAUAUUCAUUAUGGAAAUGCCUUCAUUUUUAAUUUAUCCUUACAUAACAUGAGUGAACUGCAUGUGGAGGAACCCUAUAUUUAUAAUCAAGGAGGAAGAGACAUUAGCUGGUCUCUGGUCAUAGGGUGGACAAGAAAAUCCAGUAUGAAUAAUAAUCUAAUCUCCCUUAAAUGGGAAAUUACACAGGAAAAUCUUUACAGAAGGAGAUCACUCCAGGACAAUAACAGAAAAAUUAAUGCUGAAGAAGUUAUUCAUUAUUAUAUGCAUGGAAAACUUUUACUAGUAGAAAAACUGUUGUAGGCAUGUGAAGUUUCACACUCUAUAUAAUAGUGAAUGAAUGAAAGUCUUCAGUGAUUUUAAUUCCGUAGUCAACAUGUAGUUUCUCACACUGUAUAUAUACAUUGAUAGAAUCAGAUGAAACGUUAGACUUUGCAUUAGAAAUCCCUGACUAGGAAAAACAUUUAUCAAGAAUGUCUUAAUAGAGUUUAGUCAUUAAAUUGUAAUUUUGCCUAAUGGCCUCUUAUUAUAAAAAUAUAAGAAAGAUAUGUAGAAUUGUGACAUCAUCUGGGAAUUCUAAAUUCAGUAUUUUGUAACAAUAAUUUUUUUGCAGUAGUUCUUGGAACUGCAUAUGAGGCAAACUUGUUGCUGAAAAAUCCAUUAUGUUGGUCAGGGUCCUAUUUUUCAUGCAGCAAUAGUAAUUAUGAUUGGAUUCAACUAGAAAGUGUCUUUGAAUAUUAACUGAAAAACAUAGAACACAAGAUGAUGCGUCAUUACUACAUAUUGUUAACCACGUAUGUAGGUCGUAAUGAUGAAUUAAAGAUUCUUAUAUAGAUAGUUUGUGACUGAACCCUGUAUAAAUUUUCAUUUUAAAAUGCCAUUAUUGAAACAAAAAGGGUAUUACCUAACAAUAAGGGGGUCCAUUCAACAACAGGAUAUAACAUCUAUAAAUAUUUAUGCGCUCAACAUAGGAGCACCUACAUAUAUAAAACAAAUACGAACAGAUGUCAAGGGAGAGACAGUUAUGCAGUAGAAGGGGGAUGUUAAUACACACUUUCAUCAAUGAACGAAUCAUUCGGACAAAAAUCAGAUAACAUCUACCAUAAGUGACACGUUAGAUGAGAUGGACGGACUUCACAGAGGUACACCGCACACUUCAUCCCAAAGCAGCAGAAUAACAUACUCUUGGCAAGUUUCCAUGAGACAUUCUCCAGAAUUGGUCAUAGUUACUGCCUGUUAGUAGCAAUGAGUAAUUUUUUUUUCUCUUUUACCCAAGCCAUGUAAUUGCCCCUCUUCCUCGUUCUCCUAUAAAGCCCUUGCUUUCACCCCACAGAUAGGACACUUUUCUGUUUACUGCUGGAAUCGGUGCUCCCCAAACUGCAAAUCUUUAAUCCCAAGUAAACACUCAUCUGCCUCUCGUUGCAGCUCUUGUUUUCAGUUGGCAAUGGGGACAAGUAAUGUUUCUUUUCUUUUCUUGGCCAGGCGCUACAGAGCAUGACCUGGGAGAGCUGACUUUGGAAGGAACUCUCUAUUCUGGCUCUCCCAGUUUUCAGGAUCCAACCCGCAGCUCCAGAAUGAGUGUGAUCACUCUGCCACUGCCUCAAAACGUGCCAUCAUAGGCCACCAAACGAUUGAAGAAAAAUAAUAGUUCAAAAAAACAUUUUAAUAUUUAUUUAUUUUGGAGAGGGAGAAGGAGAGAGAGCAUGACCAGGGGAGGGACAAGAGGGGGAGAGAGAAAAUCCAAGCCAGGCUCUACGCUGUCAGUGCAGAGCCCGAUGUGAGGCUCAAACUCACGAACUGAGAUCAUGACCUAAGCCAAAAUCAAGAGUCAGAUGCUCACUCGACUGAGCCACCCAGGCGCCCCUCCAUUACAUGUGUUGAUGACUGCCCCGCACCGGUGUGUUCAAACUUAACAACUCUGCCACUCACAGCCCCCAUCACUGGUGCACACAGAUUUCCCCAUCUCUGAACCAUUCAGACCCUGGAUUCCAGUUUCACACUGGUCAGGAUCUGGCCUUUCCUUCACCACGGCCCUAACAAGUCUCACAGGCCUGAUGCCACGAUGCUACUUUCCCUUCUCCCAGGCUUCCCAGUGGCCUGUGGGCCUGUAGUGGACUUACUGGUGCUCCGGGGUUUGACUGUUGCCAGGCAGACCUUGCUUUUCACCUCCUGCAUGCACUGAUCCCACGGUGAACAAAACGCCCUCGACACACACAAUCUGAUAACAUGUUCUGACAAUCACAUGUAGACCUUCCACCCUGACCACACUCUCAACAGACGCAAUAAUGGCCAACACCCCCACAGUCAAACAACGCAGGGACACACAACUGUGUACAGAUCAUAUGACUAUAUAGUUUCUGACCACACAGAAUUGGUGACACACAUAUAGUCAUCAUAUAAAGGGAAUCUGGCUGUGCAUGUGUGUUUUGGUGUUGAGGCGUUUCACAUGUUGCCAUCAACAUGACAACCCAGGGCUUAGAGGGGAGAGGCUCAAGGCACAGAAUGUGUGCUGAUGCCCAUCAGAGCCUGGCAGUGCUCGUUCUUGGUAUAUUGUGUAAGAGGCAGGUGGAGCCUAAGGAUCUGCAUACUAAGUGUUUGGUACAAACAUACCAGCCAAAAAAAUUUUUUUUGGUAGAAAAACAUGCAGAAAAUUUGGCCAGGGUCCCGUGAGAAUGCAUGAAGGAUUCAGUAUGAGUCCAAACUGUCAGCUGAGGAUUUUUCCUCAGAAGAUUCAUAUUGCUCUUAAAACUUGCAUAUAAAUGUUGUAUACAUAUAAACACUGAAGCAUUCUUUGCGUUAAAAUAUUUCAAGUAGGGGUAACCUGGAUGGCUCAGUCGGUUAAGUGUCCCAACUUUGGCUCAGGUCAUGAUCUCACAGUUAGUGGGUUCGAGCCCCACAUUGGGCUCUGCACUGGCAGUUUGGAGCCUGGAAUCUGCUUCGGAUUCUGUGUCUCCCUCUCUCUACCCCUCGCCUGCUUGUGCAGGCUUGCUCGCUCUCUCUCUCUCCCAAAAAUAAA